AUGGCCGCGUUCGGCGGCGAUGAGAUCAACGCCGUCGUCGUAGAUGUCGGGAGCUGGAACGUGAAGGCAGGAUAUGCCGGAGAGGAUGUCCCGAAGGCUGUUUUCCCAGGGGCCGUCGGCGUCCUCGAGGGCGACGGCGACGUCGAGAUGGCCGACGAGAACGCCGCGGCCCGCUCGGGCGGCGUCACGCGGCACGCCAAGGGCGGCAAAACGUACUUGUCCGGCGACAACGGUGCCAUGUUUGCGCGGCCCGCCAUGGACGUGCGGACGCCGUUCGGCCCGGACGGAUCGAUCGAGGACUGGGACGCCCUCGAGGCCAUCUACCGCCACAUCUUCGCCGACAAGCUCGCGGUCGGCGCGAAGGACGCGCCGGUGAUGAUCGCGGAGCCGUCGGACCUGCCGGCUGCGUCCAGACAGAAGCUCGUCGAAAUCAUGUUUGAGACUUUCCAAGUGCCGGCGGUGUUCCUGUCCAAGAACCACACGCUCUCGAUGUUCGCGACCGCGAAGUCGUCCGCGCUGGUCGUCGACGUCGGCCACCAGCACGCCGUCUGCGCGGCCGUGCACGACGGGUAUGUUUUGCAGAAGACCAUCGUGCGCAACCCCGUGGCGGGCGCGCUGCUGUCCGAGCUGGCGCACAAGGUGGUCACGUCCGCGACGGGGAACGAGGUGCGGCCGCGGUACACCUUCACGCGGAAGCAGGGGGCCUCGGGGGACUGGACCGUGGAGGACGCCGACACUACUGGCAUCACCAAGAGCUUCCACGCCUACCACACGGCGCGUGUGUGCGGCGACAUCAAGGAGGCCGUCUGCAAGCUCUCCGAGAGCAAGUUCACCGCGGACGAGCUCGCCUCGCACGGCAGCGUCAAGUACGAGCUCCCCGACGGCCAGACCAUCGAGAUCGACGGGCAGCGUUUCGCGGUUCCGGAGGUGCUGUUCGACCCCUCCCUCGCCAAGUGCGUCGAGGGCGGGGAGGCCGAGCUCUCGCGGCUCCUGGGCCCCGGGCGCGCGGCGCAGGGCCUCGCGGCGUCCGUGAAGGAGUGCAUCGACCGCUGCGACGUGGACAUCAUGCGCGACAUGUGGGGCAGCGUCACGGUGUGCGGCGGGACAUCGCUGUUCACGUCCAUGCGCGACCGCCUCGAAACGCAGCUCACCGAGACCGCCCCCGUCAACAUGGUCACCAGCAAGGUCCGCGUGCACUGCCCCGCGAACGACGUCGAACGCAUCUACUCCACGUGGAUCGGCGGCUCGAUUCUCUCCAGCCUGGGUUCGUUCCAGCAGAUGUGGAUGUCGAAGCAGGAGUACGAAGAGCAUGGGUCGGGGCUCAUCCAACGCAAGGCGCCGUGA